AUGGAAUCGCUUAGUGCAGAAACGCGAGGUGAAAUAUACGAAAAACUGUGGAUCCGGAUGCCGAAGCUAAACGCAAAUCCGGUGUCCAACUUCCGGAUCGAUGAAUUCAUCGGACUUAUAAAGCGUUAUCCCAUCAUCUACAAUCGGCUGGACAAGCACAACAAGCAGGAGUACGGCGAUACGUGGGAACAACUGGAAGCCAUACUGAAUACGCCUAAAAAAUUUCUGAUGAUGAAAUGGAAAGGCCUUCGGGAUAACUUCCGCGUUGAACUAAAGAAGGAAUAUUAUUCCACCCCGGAGAAUCGCUACAUUUCCAAAUGGGUUCAUUACAAAAAGUUGUCAUUCCUGAAGGACCAGGUUUUAGCAACCUUAGACCAGAAAUAUGACAGCGACAGUCAGGAUCAGGAACUCAAUCAAAUCAUGCAAUUUGUGCAGAGCGCAAGUCAAGAGGAAAUACCCGGACCGCUAAGUGUGACACGGGCUAACGAACAUUCCUACGCUCAUAACGACAGCGAACAGUUGAAAAUCAAGCAAGAGCGGGACGAAAUGGAAGACGGCGCUCAAGACACCGCAGACGAAGCGGACAGUUUCAGUUUCAAUCACUUCCAGGAUCCGGCGAAUUUUUGCACAACACCGAAGACAACUCCGCUGCCGGAAAUCACCAUCACACCGAAAAUUGUUUCAUCACCCGAAAUCACUAUCACGCCAAAGAUGAUCCCGUCACCGACCUUUCAACAUCAGCCGAUCAAUCUGCAACGAAAGAGACGUUCGGAAGGGUCACAGGAAUCACUGGCGAUCCAGUCGAAGGUUGCAAGAAAUCAUAGCGAUACUGUCCCACAAGAUGAUGAUUACCACUUCCUUAUGAGCAUUCACCCAUAUCUGAAGCAGUUGCCAUUGCCCGUGAAGCUAAAAGUGCGUCUGCAGAUGCAGCAGGUCCUGUUCAACGAACUGAUGAAACAACCGAUUGCCGACGAGGAAGACUGAACUAGCCGGGCGCACGUGGUGCGCGAA